AUGACCCCUAUGGAUGCUCUUCCCUUGGAUGACUAUGCUCAGACCCUUCAUGAGAGCCACUUUUUCUACUGGGUGAACCUGUCUGAGCUCUUCAGGGUCUCCUACCAAGAGGCUAGAGAGGACCAGUGUGUAGACUCUGAGAUGAGCUCAGAGCUCAGGGACAUCCUAGUGAUACUGCCCACCUGGGAACAACUGCGGCUGUCAGUGGAGGUCACAGCCACAGGACAAGAGCUCUUCCAGCAGGUGUGUGACAUGGCACAUAUUCGAGAAGCCCACUUUUUUGGCCUCAGCAUAAUCAGAAACAAUGAGUAUGUGUUCCUGGAUUUGAAGCGAAAACUCAGUAAAUACUUCUCUCGGGACUGGAAGACAGAAACGCACAAAAGGGAUAAGGUAUCCAGGGCGCCCUUCAUCGCCUUCUUCAGAGUGCAGUUCUAUGUGGAAAACGGGAGGGCGAUCAGCGACAAGACGGCCCGGCACCUCUACUACUGCCACCUGAAGGAGCAGGUACUGAGGUCCAGGUGCAUGCACAGGGAGCAGGCCUACUUUCUGCUGGCUGCCUGUGGGUUACAGGCUGACCUGGGAAACCACCAGGAGUCGGUCCAUGUGGGCAAGUACUUCGAGCCACACGCCUACUUCCCACAGUGGAUUAUCAACAACAGGGGAGCCGAUUACAUCCUCAGGCAUGUGCCUGCCAUGCACCGUGAACAGCGGGGCCUGAGUCCCAAGGAGGCCACACUACGCUUCAUCCAGGAUGCCUGCCGACUUGAGGAUGUUCCUGUCCACUUCUUCAGGCUGUACAAGGAAAAGAAGGAAGAUCACCCUUCCAUCCUCCUGGGACUCACUCUGAAAGGAGUGCACAUCUAUCGGGGGAAGAAGCUGGAAAUCCAGCCAGAAGGGCUGUGGGCAACACAGAAGCUGCUGUUCUACACGGGCUACGCCUGGCGCUCCCGGUACCUGCUGCAACUGCUUCGCACGACCCACCAGCUCCACCUCAGCUUGCAGCCCGUGCUGCAGUGGUUACAAGAGCUGGAGGAGGCAGAAGAGAAGAAAGGCUACCGGGAAUCCUACAUCAGUGACCCCCUGGAGCUGGACCUGGACCCACACAGCAGGAAAUACCUGGGCAGUAGGGGCAGCAGAUAUUCCCUCCUCUCACUGCGCUCCAGAAGCCAUGGCAGCUCCCACACAGCAAGCAUCAAGCCCAACUUCCAGCAUGGGGAGUGUGAGGUGUCUGUGGAUGAGCCCACAGGGACCGAGAGGCUCUGUGGGAAGACGCCAUCCAGUAGUUCCUGGAGCAGCUUCAGCAGCCAGGACACCUGCACCAACAGCAGAGGCUAUGGGGGCUCCCUCUACCUGGCCAUGAUGGUGUUGCCAGGCACUGGUGUAGGGCUGUUUGGGGGUCUCCUCCACUUCCUCACCAUAGGCAAAGAGGUGCAGGGGCCAUUAUCAUGGGCUCUGGGAGACCUGGAGUGUGGCCACUUGGCCCUGGGGUUCCUAAGUGCCCUCAAGGAAGGAAAACAGUCCGUCUUUCACCUUUAUACUGCUGCUCACAGAGCUGGCUCCUGGCAGGAGCCCGUGCUCGGCAGGGCCUACGUCUCUGGCUUUGCCAGUGUCUUCUUCACCACAGGGCACCUGUGGAACCGAGGUGCUCCAGACAGAGCUGGGUAUGUGCUGGGUAGCACGGCUAAGGAUGGAGAAUGA